UAUACACACUGGAUUCAUCAUCAUACAACAAAUCAUAAUCCCAUAUCAUAGCAAAAAUGAUCUCUGUGAAAACACCUCGAAUAGAGCACUACAAUGCUUCCUACACAAUUUCUCAAGAAAUGCAAUAUGGGCACCAUAAUGGAUCUCAUCUGGUUUAUUCAAUGAGCCGUCCGGGAUCAAGAUCGAUCAAGUUUGAGAUGGAGAAUCUCGAUGAACCAUCUGAACACUAUGAUCAGAUUGACGGUGAAAUAACAACUCAUAACACUUUCCCGGCUGCUAAUGUCAGGUAUCCGACAACGCCACCAUCUAUAAAUAUAAUGAGUGUCGAGGGCAAGAAGCAGGAAGAAAUUUUAGCGUGCCAAACAUGCGGUGUCAAUUAUCAUAGCACUAAUAAUAAUACUAUCACGGCUAAAGAAGACUUUUUAUUGAGCAAUCAAUAUUGUUGUGAAUGUCAAAAGAUGAUCACAAGUGCAACAGCUUCCAAGCAUCAUAGUGUGGAACACGAUGACGAAGAACCAUCUUCAUGCUGUUGUUUGUGAGAAAGAUAGAGAAUUUGAGAAGAAGCUUUCGGGCAGUUGAUGAAGUAAAUGGAAGUUGCUGCUCCUUCAAUAUUUCGUCGUCGCAAUUGAUUAUAUAUCUAUAAUACAAUAGACCUUUCAAUGUCGUAGGACUUUAUGAACUGUUUGCUUUUGUAGACAUUUCUCUAAAGACAAGUAAGAUAAAAAUGUGUUAUUUAUUACUUCUUUUACCCCAAAAUGAUAGUUAAUUAACUUUAUUAUAUUAAAACAAUUCACUUA